UACAAAGUCUACCCGGGCUCACCGAACGGAACACCAAACACAUGAGAGAGGAGACAUAGAAGACAUUUAAUGCCCUGAAUUCGAGCUAGCACAAGUGGUGUAAGUCCAGAGACAGUUUCAAUAGAAAUGCCACCAAGGCGGAAAAGAAAGGCGGCUACAAAAGAAGAAACAAAACUCAAGAAACAGAAAGAGGACUGUGUAACAAGCAUCAAAUCUCAAACUUUAACAGAAGACUUAGGUAAACCCUUUUCUCUGAGGCGAUGUAGAGCAUGGUUUGAACAUUAUGCAGGUGAAGAUGAACCAGACACAAUUGGACCUGAGGGUGUAGAAAAGCUCUGUAAGGACCUUGGUGUAAAACCAGAGGAUACUGUAAUGCUUGUUAUAGCAUGGAAACUGCAGGCAGAAACAAUGGGAUUUUUUACUUUUCAUGAAUGGAGCAAAGGGAUGCUCUCAAUAGAAUGUGAUUCUACAGCUAAACUAAAAGCACAAUUGAAUGGCCUAAAGUCUUUAACAAGGGACAGUGCAACUUUUAAAAAGAUUUAUCGCUAUGCAUUUGACUUUUGUAGGAAUCAAGACCAGCGCACAUUAGACAUAGAUACAGCUGUUACAAUGAUUCAACUUUUGCUUCAUGGUUCAUGGCCAUUGUUAGAUGAUUUCUUACAAUUUUUGCAGAAUUCAAAAUAUAAAGUUUUAAACAGGGACCAGUGGUGUAAUGUGUUGGAAUUUAGUCGUUCAAUACUUCCUGAUUUGUCAAAUUAUGAUGAAGAUGGCGCAUGGCCAGUUCUAAUGGAUGAAUUCGUUGAGUGGUAUCAUCACAAAUAUACUCCUCAAUCCUCGUCAGCCUGAAUCAUCUACUUUGCAAGAAGCAAUUUAAUACUACUUGAGAAAAAGACAAUUUAUUUAAACUUGCGAGUAGUGGAAUCUACUAGCUGUUGGUAACAGACAGAGCCUUUCAUUAAAGGGCUUGCUGCUGCAAUGCUGUGCAGAAAAUUACUUGAUGUGUCUGCUUGGCUCGUGAAACAGACAGAAGGGAACAGAAAAGAACUCAAGAGAUUGUUCAGAACAAAGCUUUAAUCCAAUUUGUGUUUUCUACAAUGGCAAAGAAAACUGAAAAUUAAUAAAAUUUGAUAGGAAUCAUGGAAUCAAUUGGUGUGAUGACAACCAUGGCUUGUUUGAGUUUACAUUCCAAGAUUUUACAAUGCCAAGAAGGUUGAAGGAAGACUUCAUGGCUAAAGUUCUAGACACAAGAUAAAGUUAUGUUUUCAGUGACAUGAAGCUCUGGCAUUAGAACUUUCUAUUGCAUAGUACCAUUCAACUCUUGGAAUCUUUGCUUCUCAAUUAUUAAACACCACUUUCUGAUACUAGCGAGUUUGUUAAAAUGCUUAUUUUUUUCAAACCUGCCCACUUGGCAAAAAAGUGAGCAGUGGGAUUAGAGAUUAUUUAGCUGUGUGAGCAGUAAAUAACAUGAUACAAGUUAACUUUGGGGUGAUAAAAAGCUCAAGUUUGAGUGAGGCCAACAAGUUUUGGCAAGACUUAACUGAUUGGGUUCAAGAGAGACUACUGCUAAACGGCAAGUCGCCACGAAACGAUGCUGGUGCCACUGUCAAUUGGGAAGUCACAGACGUAUAAGUUGUUUGGUGCUCUUUGUUGCUCAGAGAAAAAAAGUUUAUAAUUAAAGACCAGUUUCCAGGCUUG